ACGGCUACGGUGUGGACGAGCUCGUGCGCUCCCGCUAGCUGGACGAACGACUCCAUGACGCGUAGCACAGCGUAUUUACUGCUAUGUUGUGCAUUGACGUCGAGUACAGGUGCUCCACCGUCCAAACUAACCCGAAAGUAGCGGCUCAGCUUCGUGUUGUUCCGUUGGAACAUGAAUGUCGGAGUGGCCCAUAAUCGAAUGCCGCCGUCAACUUCCGCUACUGAGAUGGCGUCCUCUGAAAGGGUACUUGGGUGCCCAACUCUCAAAAGUAAAUGGGUACCCAUGUUUGGGCCCAUGGUCGUCUCAGCGUCGCUGACCAGUAAAAGAAAUAUAUCUUCCUUCUCCCAUAGCCGCCUACAGAGCAGGAGCUCAUGGCGAUGCAGAUGUCGCCAUAGCCGCCUACAGAGCAGGAGCUCAUGGCGAUGCAGAUGUCGGCCGCCGGAGGUGUUGAAGUCGAGUUUUUGUCAGAUCCCGUCGACAGAUUUCCACUGCGAGAUCUCGCUGCCGCACAGCCCUUGGUUGCUUACGAGACGUACAAAUCCAUGGAGUGUGAGCCUGCUGAGUCCAGCAUUGGUGAUGUGGGAGACGCUCCGGUCAACAGUAAUUGCAAUGCGAUUGCCUUGUCUGCAGCAGCAUCUGAGCAUUCUACGGGCAAAGACACCCCUGAAGCCCCAGGCUGGAGGAAGAGAAUGCGAGUCGGAAGUUCAUCUAGCGAGCGCCACCCAUGCGCUGAUAGGAUGAGUGCUUUGGAAGCAACACUAAGAAGCUAUGCAGAGAAAAAAAUGACACUGUCGUAGUUCCUACUAUGGGGACAAAAUUUGAUUCUCUUGGAGAAGCCUGCUAGAACAUGUCCCUGGAUGUGCAUGGAUGCAGAAAAUGUCCUUGGGAUAUAGAGCUGGAAAUCUGGGACUUAGGAUGUUCUAGAGCAUCCAUGUCAUCCAAGUGAGAGGAGAAUAUCCUUUGUCUUUAGGACAUGCUUGCUGAACAUGCAAGUUCGCUAGACGAAGGAUGGGUAUAACUGAUGAAGCUUUAUGCAGUCUAUUGGCACCCAUCUCGUACAGAACUAUUGCCGAGAGCGCCUUUGCAUCUGACGUCGUGCGCCAGAGCUGGUCAUAGGGGACCACACGCAGCUUGAUCAGCUCGACAUGGUCCCGCAGGCCCGUUUCCUUCCCUUGGAGAGCCUAAGGCUGGCCAUAGUGGGGGUAACAUAACCUGUAACAUGC